GCCUCGGCCCCUCCCCAGCCCACGCCGCUCCUCCCUCGCCCGGCCCCGGCUGGGGAAGGUUGGCAACAGUUGCUAAGGUUGAGAGCGGGCGCGGCCCCGCCCACACCGCGCGCACGAGCUUACGUCACUUCCGCCGGCGACCCCUAGCCUCCCCUGCUCCCCCCCACACCUAGUCGAAGGCUAGAAGCGACCGGUGGAGGUGCUUGCGGGGCCUUGCUCCUGCGGCGCGCGACCGGGACGACUGCGGGGGAGAGGAUCGCCGCCGGAGGACGCGAGGCCCCUUCUCUGGCGUGUGGGGAUGGGGCUCAGGGACCCCGGGGACAGCCGCAGCGCCCGGGAGGGACCCGUGUUGCAAUGUUGUCCACAGUCCGUUUAGGAGCAGAUCGCUGACGACCCCCGGGAGGGGAAAUCCGGAAAGACUUUAGGAAGGUGCACGACGCCAGCUCCCUCCUGGGGGGCGGCGGCUUGGGGGCUGCCAUGGCCCCCAGCCACCUGUCAGUGCGGGAGAUGAGGGAAGAUGAGAAGCCCCUGGUGCUGGAGAUGUUGAAGGCUGGCGUAAAGGACACGGAAAACCGUGUGGCCCUCCAUGCUCUGACGCGGCCACCGGCCCUUCUCCUCCUGGCAGCGGCCAGCAGCGGCCUGCGCUUCGUCCUGGCCUCCUUCGCCCUGGCCCUUCUGCUGCCCGUGUUCCUGGCUGUGGCUGCCAUGAAGCUGGGCUUGCGAGCCCGGUGGGGCUCUCUGCCUCCUCCCGGUGGCCUGGGAGGCCCCUGGGUGGCUGUGCGGGGCUCUGGUGAUGUGUGUGGAGUCCUGGCACUGGCCCCCGGCACCAAUGCAGGGGACGGGGCUAGAGUCACUCGCCUCUCUGUCUCUCGCUGGCACCGGCGCCGGGGUGUGGGCAGGAGGCUGGUGGCCUUCGCUGAAUCCCGGGCUCGAGCCUGGGCAGGGGGUAUGGGGGAGCCCCGAGCACGGCUAGUGGUCCCAGUGGCUGUGGCUGCAUGGGGUUUGGCAGGGCUGCUGGAGGGCUGUGGCUACCAGGCUGAGGAGGGCUGGGGCUGCAUGGGCUACACACUGGUGAGGGAGUUCAGCAAAGACCUGUGACUCGGACCCCCAUGUGCCUUCACAUAGCUGCUGGGGGUGUGGGGCAGGGAAGGCAGCACCAAACAAAUCCCUCCUGUGUGCCAGGCAUUUCACAUCCACUCUCUUGAGACUCCAGCCCACCAGGGCCCAACCUUGAGGCCUGCAGAGGGCUGGAGACCUAGAUACCUGUCCAUCCACUCCCCCCGGCCUGCAGUGUGCAGUGUACACUGUCUGAACUCAGAGUGCAGUGACUCUUGCUUUCCCCUCUAGGCACUCAGGGACCGCCAGAGGUCUGCCUGUCCAACCCCUGCCUCAGAUUGUCUGCAUGGAGACUUCCCUGUUUGUCUUUCUGCAAAGCCUGCGCUGUUUGUGCUACAGGCCUGGGAGGGAUAUCUGGGGAGGGGGAGAGAGAAUUUACGGCAGAGUACCCCCAAAGGGGACAAGCCCUCCCACUCCAGGAAUAGGCGGGGCUGGUGGGCACCGGGCCUCCAGACCAUCUGGUUUUUUACACCCAUUUGUUAAUAAAGCCUGA